AUGGGCGUCGUUGAGAAAGGCAACAAGAUCUUCGUCUCCGCCAGUGAGAUCGACAAGAACAAGGUCACUGUUGAGUUGCAGCAGAAUUUCAAGCAACGUUCGCAGGAGUAUUACACUGUUCCCUUCAUCAAUAAGAGCCAGGGAGACCAGGAGAGCGUCCUCUUCAUCCAGACAACCUACCUUGACGCCUUCAAGCAGAAGCAGGCUGCAGGAGAACCUGAGUUCACUGUAGUCGUUGUCACCUCCUUCCAGUACGGCCAGAAUGACGAGAAAACUUCACGCUGGAUUGUCUAUCAUGACAAGAGUAUGAACGCCUUCCAGUGGCGAUUCGUUGCGAGCGUCAAGUCCAAGCUGGGCAAUAAGCUGGGCUCGUUUGGUGGUGGCAUCUUCAAGAGCUUCGUUGGGGUCGACAUUGGAAACUUGGCUGCGCUCUUCGGCGACACCCUCCGAGACUUCUAA